CCCAAGCGGAUGCGACGAGAUGCCGGAACCCGGGCUACCGGUAGUUAGUUUCGCUUGAACGAUCAACCGAUUACGCCAUCUGCCGCCGCUCUGCCGAUCCUCAAACAUUUCUAAGCCGGCGCUUGACCAUUUCUAAGCCGGAGCUUGAAAUUUUCGAAGCUUUGCCGGACCGGAACUCCAUUGGCCGGUGCUCACCCCACCCCGAGCUGAAGAACUAAGCAAUAUAAAGUUGCUUCUUCUCCAGGAAGAACAAAACCAGGCCCACAGUUUCAUAUCUCUCAAAGUCAUCGCAAAUCAACCGCGACCAUCCCAACACCAACCGCAAUCACCUCAGUAUCGCUUACUAGUCAACAUGGCAGCACCCCGUAUCCGCGUCGGGUUGAUGGGCGCCUCAGGCUCCAACCCCCAUGCGUGGGCCAACUCCACGCACCUACCGUACCUGCUGUCGGGCGCGGGGCAGAAAAAGUACGAGCUAGUAGCGAUCUGCAACUCGAGCAUUGCAGCGGCCGAGGCCGUCGUGGCCGCGUACAAGCUCCCCGCCAAAACAAAAGUGUACGGUAGUCCGGCGGCGCUCGCCACAGACCCCGACGUCGACUUCGUCGUCGUCUCGGUCAAUGUCGCUACCCACUACGAUCUUGUCAAGCCCGCGCUCGAGGCCGGGAAGAUGGCGUAUGUCGAGUGGCCGCUGGCGAGGAAUAUCGAUGAGGCGGAGGAGCUGGCCGCACUGGCCGAGAAGAAGGGCGUGAAGACGGUUGUGGGCCUCCAGGGAAGGGUGGAGCCCCUGGUGGAUACUAUCCGUGGCAUCGUGGAGAGCGGCAGGAUCGGAGGUGUUCUCAGCUCUACUGUUGUGGCGGCCGCGUCGCAAAUGGCGCCAGUGGAGACGCAGGGAAUGGCGUAUUUCUUGGAUUCCAAGGUUGGCGGCAGCAUCGUGUCUAUCCACUUCGGACACUUGGUCGACCUUGUUCAAACCUCACUCGGCGAAAUCACUUCAUUCCAAUCACUCCUCGCCAACCAGCUCAAGACCAUCACCAUUGUCGACGGGAAAACGCGCGAGGUGAUUUCCGCCGCCGCGCCCAAAAACACCGCUGAUCACAUCAACCUGCACGGCUUCCUGACUUCCGGCGUAACAUUCUCAUUCUCGCUCCGCGGGGGGCCCCAAUUCGACCCGUCCGAGCCGGCGUUGAGAUGGUACAUCUACGGAACAAAGGGAGAGGUUGAGAUCACGAGCUCGUCGGUGUUCUUGAACAUGUCGAACAAUAUCAGGGUCAGGAUCAAGGAUGCCGAUGGGAAGAUUCAGGAUGUGAAGGUGGAUGAUGGCGGAAACGUCGGGCCGGCGGCAAAUGUCGCGCGCCUUUAUGAGGCGUUUGCGAAGGGCGAUGAGAGGUUGGCCACCUUCAGGGGCGCGGUUCAGCGCCAUCAGUUUUUGGAAGAAAUUUAUGGGGGUAAACUGGGAGAGCCAGUGAUUUUCACUUCAAGGGUAUGAUUGUAUUGGGGGGUUUCAUCUUUACUGGAUGACGGAACACAUAUGGCAUGCAUGUAGUCUUAUUGAUGUCUGUAACGACGGCCUGUCCAUUUGAAGGGUAGACUGUCUACUCUGGGGUGUGACGGUGGUGUAUGCAUGCCGGAUCCCAUAUCCCCAGAGCUGUACAGCAAGCAUCGAAUGGUUUUGUCAAGCUAUCACAGAUGUCAAGAACACGGAUGUGCCCAUAAAGAACGAC